AUGGAUCAGAGGCUUUUGGAGGCAAUUGCAAAGAAUGACAGGCGCGCCUUUAUGAGUAUAGUUGGAGAGAAUGGAGAAAUUCUGCAGCAAAGAGCAGGCAAUAGCUCUCACACGGUGUUGCACCUGGCUUCAAGAUUCGGGCAUAUUCAAAUGGUGACAGAUAUUGUGAAGCUGCGCCCUGACAUGGUCGCAGCUGAGAAUAGCAGGCAGGAGACUCCAUUGCAUGAAGCUUGUCGUCAAGGAAAUUUGAAGGUGGCGAUGCUGCUGAUUGACACCAAUCCAUGGGCAGCUUGUAAGCUUAACUCCGACAGGCAGAGCGCGUUGUUCAUGGCUUGCAGUCAUGGGCAUCUCAAGGUGGUCGAGUUCCUUUUGAGUAGGCCAUGGAUGCGGGGGCUGGUUGAAGAUGAUUUUGGUCAAAAUUGCCUUCAUGUUGCUGUAUCAAGAGGACAUACAGGUAUUGUUAGGCAGAUUUUAGAUGUGUGUCCAAACUUUGCUCAAAAGAUUGAUACAAAUGGAUAUUCGCCAUUGCACUGCUCUUGUCAUAGAGAGAACUUGGAGAUAACAAGAAUGCUGCUAAGGCUUGACGCAGACCUUGCUCUGCAAUAUAAUAAUGAUGGUUACACACCUUUGCACUUGGCAGCGAUGAAGGGCAACACUGCAAUUCUAAAAGAAUUCAUGUCGAUAGCUCCAACAUCUUUUCAGUAUCAUACAAAAAAGGGAGACACAGUUUUUCAUCUCAUUGUGAGAUACAACCACUACGAUGCUUUCUUUCACUUGGUGCAUGUUUUCAAUGAUACCAGUAUCUUUCACUGUCCAGAUCAAUAUGGUAACACCAUCUUACAUAUUGCAGUCUCUGGAGGACACCAUCAGAUUGUGGAGUACCUGAUUAACAAAACAACAGUUGAUAUUAGAAUCCAGAACCAUAAAGGACUGACAGCCCUUGACAUCCUGGACCAGGACACUGAGAAUGCCCAGAUGAAAAUAAUCCAGCAAGAAGUAGAAAAGAUGUGUGAAAUUCAGGAGAACGACAUAUCUGAACCAGAAUGCUCCUCAAAGCAGACUCAAAGCACCCAGACAACAAGUUUGGGACAACAGAAACAUCUCAGCGAGAGACGACAGGAAGAAGUAGCAGAAAUUUAUAGAAGUCGUCAAAAUAAGCAAGAUGAGAGAUACGAUGAGGGGGUCCAGAAUGCCAGGAACACAAUUAUACUGGUGGCCAUUCUGAUUGCCACGGUUACAUUUGCAGCCGGGGUAACCCCUCCCGGUGGCGUCCAUCAGGAUGGACGAUUGGAGGGAAAGUCCAUCGUAUGCAGAACGACAGCGUUCAAGGUAUUCGCGCUAAGCAAUAACAUCGCAUUGUUCUCAUCUCUAUGCAUCGUCGUCGUCCUAGUCAGCAUCAUUCCUUUCCAAAGAAAACCUCAGAUGAUGAUCCUGACAGUUGCUCACAAGGUGCUGUGGAUAUCCGUGUCAUUCAUGGGAACAGCGUACGUGGCAGCAACAUUGGUCAUCCUUCCGAAAGGGAUGGGAGCAGAGUGGAUGUUCGUGGCAUCACUGUCAAUCAGUGGAGGAGCUCUGGGGACAGUUUUUUUAGGUUUAACUAUAAUGCUGGUUGAGCAUUGGUGUCGAAAGAAGAAAUGGAAGAAAGAGAGAAUGAGAGUGGGGGAUGCACUUGCAAAAAGCAGAAUUAGAAGCUUAUAUUCUUUUAAUUCUGAUCUUGAGAGUUCCCACCGUCAAGGCUAUCACUCAUACUGA